AAAUGACCGGCAAUGGACUACAGGUGGAUAUGAUCCCGAUGGUGGAUCCUGUCAAAAGCCCUGCGGCAUGCAACCGCGUGUCUGCAUGCAGGAAUCUUAACACUUCUAAACGAACUAGACCGACCGAUAGAACCGCGCGCACCGAUCGAUAGCGUAUAUAUCUGAAGUGCAACCCCGUUCAUAUUGUCCGAACUCACUUGCUCAUUAACAACAGUGAGUUAUCCACCGACGUGCACUACCCACAAUGGCCCGGAUUCCAGCACCGCCGCCGCCCCAACCCACUACCCUCCCAAACAAUCUCCCUCAACCCGACAGCAGCAACACCACCACUACCACCACGACAGCCUCCAAAGACCAGCAUAGCCAACAUCCUACCAUCCCCUCCCCAAAGUUCCUCCUACAAAUCCAUGACCUCCGCCAUCCCGGCAGCCACACCUUCCUAACCCUCAUCCCCGACCUAGCCUCCACCCUCGAAACCGCCCUAACCACCAUCCUCGAAACCCUCUAUACCUCACCAUCACCAUCCCCAACCUCAAACCAGAAUCCCAAGCCCAGACCCAUAACCUUCAUUCCCUCCCUCCCCCCAACCCGCUCCGUCACCACCCUCCUCCGCCCCAUCCCCGGCGUCGCCUACACAACAGGCACCGACCUCGACCCAGACCACAAAGAGAUCCACCUCUCCCUCUCCUACAUCGAGAACUGCACCACCCGGUACGCCGACGACCCGCGCGCCGAGAUUGUCGGGGUCCUCACCCACGAACUCGUCCACUGCUACCAGCACACCGCCCCUCCAGAGAACGAGGACACAGGUCCCCGCCCUCCCGGGGGCUUGAUCGAGGGGAUUGCCGACUUCGUGCGUCUCAAGGCUGGGCUGGCCCCGCCGCACUGGACACGGCCGCGAUCGGCCAAGGAGCGCGCGGAGAAAUGGGAUCAGGGGUACCAGCACACGGCGUAUUUUCUGGCCUGGUUGGAGGAGGUCCGGGUCGGGAGGGGAGCGGUGGGGUUGGUCAAUGAUCGGUUGCUGAGGGUUGGGUAUCUUGGGGAGAAGGCAGAGGGAGACGGAGAGGAGAGGAGAAGCGAGGGCGAGGAUGGGUCAGGGAAACCUGGGGAGGGUUUCUGGAAGGCGCUGUUUGGGGUCGGAGUUGAGGAGCUGUGGGCGGAGUAUGGCCGGUAUUUGGAUAGUUUGGCGGGAGAGCUCGAGGCAGAGGCAAAAUAGAGGGUCAAGAAAUAGAGCCCUGGUGAAAGCCCAAUUCUGGAGUCUGGAACAGGCAGUCAGACACUGACUCGAUGUCUGAUCUUCAGAUACUAUACCCUUGAGAACAUGAUAGAUUCCAUUGGAUUCAUUGAGUACAUGUUGGUCCAGCCGCUUGGAUCUGCCAAACAAUUUUUGCGUCUUGGUA